AUGGAUACAUCUAUCCCUGACGACCCGACCCUCGUAUCCGAUGGCGCUAUCCCGUUUCUUCGUAAUCUCCAACAGGCUCGCAAAAAUGCUGACGCUCGAGUAACCGCCAACAGCCAACAAGACAAGGAACGAUGGGAUUCGAUCAUGAAACCUCAUCAGUUCGCAAUCGGUGAACAUUUGUUGUUGCAGCAUGAAAACAAAUUUGGACUAGAAUAUAACUGGAUGGGCCCAUAUAUUGUAGUAGAUAAAAAUUUCGAUAAGAAUAUAUACAAGCUCACAACAAUGGAAGGUGUCCCUUAUACUUCUUGGGUUCAUGCUGACCGCCUCAAAAUAGCCAAAUCCGACGAUUUCGACCGCACCUGGUAUCACCCGACCGCUGCUCAUAACAAUAUGCGACGUGAUCUGGCCAUAGAUUCCUCUUCCACCUUGCCGUUCUCGAUGAUAGAGUCUACCAGAGUUGACCGAGGACGAUCAACAGUUUCGAGAGGGGGUGAUGUCGGACAUUAUUUUGAUGAAUCCGAGAAAUCGGGAUAA